AUCAGAGGCCCAACUUGUUAAGCCCAUAAAGCCAAUUGAAUUCAGCAGUAGCGAAGAGAGCAGACCAUAGAAGAAGCCGACAAUGAAGCUACACCAUCGCCACCACCACUUCCUCCGCCGCCACUUCGCCACCAAAUACAGCGGCAGAGUGGUCGUCGAAGCCGACAACGGCCGCUCCUUCGCCGUGGAAGUGGACUCCCCCACCCUCCAAACCGACACCAGAGGCUACACUCUCCCCCGCCGCGACCUCAUCUGCAAAAUCACCAAAAUCCUCACCACCACCACCGCCACCUCCGACGACCCCUUCUCCGAACUCUCCGACUACCUCCAAACUCUAACCCUAACCCUAACCCCCUCCGAAGCCUCCGAAAUCCUCAAAUCCCUCAAUUCCCCCACCCUCGCCCUCCAUUUCUUCCGAUUUUGCCCCUCCUCUAUCCCCAAAUUCCGCCACAACUCCUUCACCUACAAUCGCAUCCUCCUCAUCCUCUCCAAAUCCUGUUCUCUCCACCGAUCCGACACCGUCCGUCAGAUCCUCGACGAGAUGGAAAACUCCGGGGUACGUGGCAACAUCUCCACCGUCAAUAUCUUGAUCGGAAUGUUCGGCGGAGGCGAAGAGUUGGAGAGGUGUUUAGGGUUGGUGAAAAAGUGGGACUUGAGGUUGAAUUGCUAUACGUAUAAGUGCCUUCUUCAGGCGUAUUUGCGAUCGUAUGAUUCGAAUAAGGCCUUCGAAGUUUAUAUGGAUAUGAGGAGGCGAGGAUAUAAAUUGGAUAUAUUCGCGUAUAAUAUGCUUCUUGAUGCUCUGGUUAAGGAUGAAAAGGUUGGCCAGGCGUACAAGGUUUUCGAAGACAUGAAACGGAAGUACUGUGAACCUGAUGAGUAUACAUACACUAUUCUGAUCAGAAUGACCGGCAAAAUUGGGAAACCCGAUGAAGCACUGACAUUGUUUCAAGAAAUGCUAGCCAAGGGUUGUAUUCCAAACUUAAUUGCUUAUAAUACUAUGAUCCAGGCACUUGCUAAAAAUCGAAUGGUUGACAAGACGAUAUUUCUCUUCUUUAAAAUGGUUGAAAAUGGUUGUCGGCCCAACGAGUUUACGUACAGUGUCAUUCUAAAUGUUUUGGUUGCAGAAGGGCAGCUUGGUAAACUUGACGAGGUUGUGAAAAUAUCAAAUAAAUACAUGAAUAAGUCGAUAUAUGCUUAUCUUGUGAGGACAUUGAGUAAAUUGGGCCAUGCAAGUGAAGCUCACCGGCUUUUUUGCAAUAUGUGGAGCUUCCAUGAUAAUGGGGAUAGGGAUGCAUACUUGUCCAUGUUAGAGAGUUUAUGCAAUGCGGGUAAAAUAGCAGAGGCUUUGGACUUGUUAAGUAAGGUUCAUGAAAAGGGAAUAAGUACAGAUACUAUUAUGUAUAACACUGUGUUCUCAGCUCUCGGCAAAUUAAAACAAAUUUCCUAUCUCCGUGAUAUUUAUGAUCAGAUGAAGCAAGAUGGCCCUUCGCCAGAUAUUUUUACCUACAAUAUACUGAUCUCCAGCUUUGGUAGAGCUGGGAGAGUUGAUGAAGCUGUGAAAAUCUUUGAAGAGCUUGAGAACAGUAAUUGUAGUCCUGAUAUCAUCUCAUACAACUCUUUAAUUAACUGCCUGGGGAAGAAUGGUGAUCUUGAUGAAGCCCACAUGAGGUUCAAAGAGAUGCAAGAAAAGGGAUUGAAUCCUGAUGUUGUCACUUAUAGCACAUUGAUUGAGUGCUUUGGCAAGACAGAUAAAGUUGAAAUGGCUUGUAGGUUGUUUGACGAGAUGCUUUCUGAAGGCUGUUGCCCUAACAUUGUAACAUACAAUAUCUUACUUGACUGCCUUGAGAGGUCUGGGAGAACUGCUGAAGCGGUGGAUCUUUAUGCCAAACUUAAACAACAGGGGUUAACACCAGAUUCAAUCACAUAUGCAGUUCUUGAAAGGUUGCAAAGUGGUUUGCAUAGGACAGUCAGGGUUCGGAGGCAGAGUCCAAUUACAGGCUGGGUUGUUAGCCCUCUAAGGUGAUGAAAAAACAUCUAUUAUUGACAUAUGAUACACACAAGUUGGAUUUAGUUUAAGGGGUCUGAUCAAGUUGUUGUAAACUGUUAGAAUUGGCUUGAGCAUUACGUGAGAAAAUUGAUGUUGUCAUACAGCGACACCUCGCACUGCAUACUUUCUGGUUUACAUCUUUUGAAGGUAAGAGCUUGAUACCAUGUUUGGUGGGGCAAUAAGUUGUAUAAACUUGAUGUUGGUUGCACUGGUUAUCUGAAGAGAUAUCCUACAUCUUGAAGGAAGCAGCCCCUACCAAAGUCUGCCUUAUUUUUCAUCUGCAAACGAUCUAUUGUUACCAAAUGCGUAUAUCUGGCUUUUUGGGCUUUGGAUGAUUUGUGGCUUUCUUUGACAUAAUGCAAGUACCUUUGUCGUGCAUUUUGAAAUUGGAGGACCACAAUGUGCUAAACUACAUGGAAUCAGCUGUGGGGUGUUUGUUUUCGGAGCCCUAUACCAGCAUACAUGACCAGGUAUAAUGCAUGGUAAAUUUUGUAUCAUUAUUAUUACUGCGAAUAUUCUUUUUGCAUGUCUUUUUUGGAAGCAAGGGAGGGGUGUCGUGGAAUGGACAUAGUGUAAGUUACAUAAUUGGAAGUUAAUUUUGUUGGGAACUUGUUUAACCUCAUGAAGAAAAUGUUGUGUUCACCCAUUUUGGGCUGCUAAUCUGGUUCUUUAUGAGAAAUUGAUUGUCAGAAGUGUUGUAAUUUUGGUGUGUGAUAUUAUGCUUUGAAGUUUAUGCACUACUCCUCAGAUGGUAUUAUAUUGCUAUGUUAAAGGAAGGGAAACCGAAGUAUGUCACCUCAAUUGUUUCUA